GCUGCCGGGACCGGGAGCUGGGACUCCUGUGCCGCAGCCCCGAGUCUCCAUCCUCCAUCCUCUAUCCUCGGCCCUUGACAACGGGCACCUCAAGGUUGCCAGCAUGAUGGCGGAGAAGGCACUGGAGGCCGUGGGCUGUGGACUAGGACCGGGGGCUGUGACCAUGGCCGUGGCGCUGGAGGACGUGGGGGACCCCCCUGUGCUGACCACACAUCUGAAGAAGGUGGAGAACCACAUCACCGAAGCCCAGCGCUUCUCCCACCUACCUAAGCGCUCAGCUGUUGACAUUGAAUUCGUGGAGCUGUCCUAUUCCGUGCGGGAGGGGCCCUGCUGGCGAAAACGCGGUUAUAAGACCCUCCUCAAGUGCCUAUCAGGUAAAUUCUGCCACCGGGAGCUAAUUGGCAUCAUGGGCCCCUCAGGGGCUGGCAAGUCCACAUUUAUGAACAUCUUGGCAGGAUACAGGGAGUGUGGAAUGAAGGGACAGAUCCUGGUCAAUGGGAAGUCACGGGAACUGAGGACCUUCCGCAAGAUGUCCUGUUACAUCAUGCAGGAUGACAUGCUGCUGCCACAUCUCACAGUGCUGGAAGCUAUGAUGGUCUCUGCUAAUCUGAAGCUGAGCGAAAAGCAAGAGGUGAAGAAGGAGCUGGUGACAGAAAUCCUGACAGCAUUGGGCCUGAUGUCCUGCUCCCACACGAGGACAGCCCUGCUCUCCAGCGGUCAGAGGAAGCGCCUGGCCAUCGCCCUGGAGCUGGUCAACAAUCCACCUGUCAUGUUCUUUGAUGAGCCCACCAGUGGUCUGGACAGCGCCUCCUGUUUCCAAGUGGUGUCCCUCAUGAAGUCCCUGGCCCAGGGAGGCCGUACCAUCAUCUGCACCAUCCACCAGCCCAGUGCCAAACUCUUUGAGAUGUUUGACAAGCUUUACAUCCUGAGCCAGGGUCAGUGCAUCUUCAAGGGUAUGGUCACCAAUCUGAUCCCCUAUUUGAAGGGCCUCGGCUUACAUUGCCCCACCUACCAUAAUCCAGCUGACUUCAUCAUUGAGGUGGCCUCUGGCGAGUAUGGAGACCUGAACCCCAUGCUGUUCAGGGCUGUGCAGAAUGGGCUGUGCGCCAUGACUGAGAGGAAGAGCAGCCCUGAGAAGAAUGAGGUCCCUGCCCUCUGUCCCCCUUGCCCUCCGGAAGUGGAUCCCAUUGAAAGUCACACCUUUGCCACCAGCACCCUCACACAGUUCUGCAUCCUCUUCAAGAGGACCUUCUUGUCCAUCCUCAGGGACACGGUCCUGACCCACCUGCGGUUCAUGUCCCAUGUGGUGAUUGGUGUACUCAUUGGUCUCCUCUACCUGAACAUUGGCAAUGAUGCCAGCAAGGUCUUCAACAACACGGGUUGCCUCUUCUUCUCCAUGCUGUUCCUCAUGUUUGCUGCUCUUAUGCCAACUGUGCUUACCUUUCCCUUAGAGAUGGCAGUCUUCAUGAGGGAGCAUCUCAACUACUGGUACAGCCUCAAAGCAUAUUACCUGGCCAAGACCAUGGCCGAUGUGCCCUUUCAGUUCUAUGCCACUCCUCAGGUGGUGUGCCCAGUGGUGUACUGCAGCAUCGUGUACUGGAUGACAGGCCAGCCAGCCGAGACUAGCCGCUUCCUGCUCUUUUCAGCCCUGGCCACUGCCACAGCCUUGGUGGCCCAGUCUUUGGGGCUACUCAUUGGAGCUGCCUCCAACUCCCUACAGGUGGCCACAUUUGUGGGCCCAGUUACUGCCAUUCCUGUCCUCUUAUUCUCUGGUUUCUUCGUCAGCUUCAAGACCAUCCCCACUUACCUGCAAUGGAGCUCCUACCUCUCCUAUGUCAGGUAUGGUUUUGAGGGUGUGAUUCUGACCAUCUACGGCAUGGAGCGAGGAGACUUGACCUGCUCUGAAGAGCACUGCCCCUUCCGGAAGCCACAGAGUAUACUCCGAGCGCUGGAUGUGGAUGGUGCCAAGCUCUACAUGGACUUUCUGGUCUUGGGCAUCUUCUUCUUGGCCUUGCGGCUGCUGGCAUAUCUUGUACUCCGGUACCGGGUCAAGUCGGAGAGAUAGAGCUUUGUCCUAGCCUGUGCCCUAGCCCCCACAGCAGGAAGCACCCAGCUCCAGCCCUUUGGGACUGUUUUAAAACCUCCUAGACUCAAGCACUGGCUGCUGGUGCAGCUGCCUUCCCCUCUCUCAGCUCCUCCACAGGUUGGUGGACUGACUGUGCUCUGGACCCUGGCCCUUAGAAUCGGGUGCAGCCCUCCAUGCCCAGGUUGAUGUGGUUUGUAGCUUCCUCCCUUCUUUCUCCAACACCUGCAUGCAAAGACCACAGGUAGGCCACCACCCCCCUUCCUGCCCUCAGCACCCUCCUCUGUUGUCUGCCUGGGAGCCCUGGGCUCUCCAGGCUCCCACAUACAACUGACAAAAGUGGCUCCUUCUGGGAGUCCUAACCACACAAGUCUUUGUAAACUGAGCUGCUAUGAGGUUGGGGCUCUAGGGCUGGGCCUUGAUGGGGUCCCUGGAAGACCCAUUUGGACAUUAGAAUGGAGCCAGGAAAGACUCUAGAAGUCUCUUCCUCCUUCUUACCUUCUGCCCCCACCCCCUAAGACCCUGGCUGAUUUAGACAAUCUGCUGGGACAGAAGCUGGGUUUUCUGUCUGGUCAUCCUCCCAAUCCUGGGGAUUGGAGCUGCCUUGGGUCAUAGGAUGCCCUUUCUCCGCUUUCCAUCACCUUUGGUGGGAGGGCUUUGUGAUAUCUCUGCAAUAAUGUUGCUGUUUUUCUCCUACCUGCCACUGGAACAGGAAAAUGCACUUUAUUCUGGGGGGUGGGGCAGUGAAUGGGAGAAGACCCACACUUCCUUUCUCACUGCCCCUGCUGCAUGUUCCUGCAAUGCUCCCUCCCUUCUCCAGAGUUACAGGCACAUACAUGUGAACAGGCAAUCUCAGCCCUCCAUAACUUUGCUGUCCCUGAUGGCUCAGAGAAAGAGUGAUGGUGGCAUGGUGGUGGUGGAUGCUGUGGGGAGGGCAGUUCCAACCUCUUCCUGGGGUCUUCACUUGGACUGUGAGGAGGAGACUGGUGCUAUCUAGGGCAUCUUCUAGAUCUGCAGGUGUCUAUCCCCCAGUCUUCCCUCUCUCCCAAGCCAGGGGGUGGCACGGGGCAUUAGCUCCCUGAAGUUCAGGACCUAACACAAGCACAAGCAUGGGCACAAGUUGGUCUUGGCCACUGCCACCCCAUGGCACUUUUGUGUAUCAAGCUGGCAUUCGCUUUCCUCCACAAGCUGGCAUGUCUCUUUACGUCCCUUCCCAUCAUCUAAGGUGGCCCUUGGGCAUGCCCAGGGCACCAGGGUGACAGGCACACCAGGGUAUGUCUGGCUAUCCUGGUGGGUCCAGGCUCAUUCUGCUUCCAAUUCCCCUUCCCUAGGGCUCUUUUCCCUCUUUAUUACUUAUUGUGCAUAUAUCUCUCUAUCUUCCCCCACUCUGCCGCAGAUUCUCCCUAUCACACAGAGAUGCCAGUUGUAUUGGUAGG